UAAAGACCCUAUUGCUUCGUUGAGAAUCGCAGAAAAAAAGAAGAAGGUCAAUGGCGUACGUCGAAGGAGGUGUGGUUAAAUCAAAGCGGUCGAUAUGGAGACUUCGGACAAUCACAGAUUUCUUCUGGUCCAUCAUCAAUGUCAUACAAGUCUUCUUUAUAACCAUGUUCUCGAUGGAAAAAUCAGACAAUUACAGAAAAGGCUUAGGCUCUAGCAAGAAGUGGGAUGGUGGAAGUGGAGGUGGUGGUGGCAGCGGCGGUGGGGGUGGUGGGCCACCUCGGCCUCCUCGUGGUGGCCUCGACAAUGUUCGUGGCCUGAGGGAUAUCAAUGGAGCUGACCACAGUUCCCUCCCGGCGUGUGGCUCCUGCUGUGGUUGAGUCUCGGUGUUUUGGAAAUGUGGGAGAUGUGAAUAUAAUGGUGAAGAAAUAUAUGUGUGAAACUUGAGACAUUGAAUAGGAAACAAAAUAACCGGUCGGUUUGUAUUGUAAUUUCACGUUGAGUCAAGGAUCCUCAAGUGUCUUCUCUUUCCAUGGAGACCGUUAUUGUCCAGAUCAAAUACGGCACUCAUGAGUCAUGUCUGAAUCACAAAACUGAAUUUGUAUGGUUUGUACUCAUCACAUGAACAAAUGUAAAUUAGGACA